UGGUUAGCGAGUGACAGAAAAUAUUGGAUCAAGAUGACUAAAGACAGUGAUAAUCCUUAUAAAAGUGUAAUCAUUGUGGCAGCUUUACUGUUUCUCAUAACCUGCCUCUUGUAUCCGUGGUGUUACCAAAGGUAUGUGAAGCCUUUUUUUCAGAAGAAGGCCAGGGAGAGUCAUCUUAGAAAACGCCAAAGAGCCGCUAAAAUUUCUUUUGAGAACGCGCAUGAAUUACGAGAGCUGGAUCGACGUGAACCAACAGAUUCGAAAUGCAACUAUCUGGAUGAUGUGGCCAGGGCUAAAUAUGAAAUGGUAAAAAAAUAUGUAGAAUCUUUACCUUGUGGUAUCAAAGAUGACACAGACAUAAAUUUAGCCAUUCCAUUCCAUGUUUUGCGUCGUUCCAAAAGUUUGAAUGACCUUGACAUUGUUAUGCCUUGAUAUUGAUUAGA